AUGGCACCUCCACAAGUUAGAAGGUCCGUAAGAUUGGAAGGCCAUGAAAAGCCCACUAAGACCCUGAAAAAGAAAGUGGGGUUUAAGCCAAAGAAACAGUCGAAAAAGGCCAAGAAAAAUGUUAAAGUAGUUCAGAAAGCAGCUACCAGACAAAGCCCAAUUGAUAUCAUCCCACAACACGUCUGCUGUGACACUGAUGUUUGCAAGGCUGAUGCUUUGAACAUUGAUUACAAGCCAGGAGAUUGCUGUGACGUCAUUGUAAACGAGGGAGGAUUCCGUGUGAAUGUGAAACGAAACUGCGGAACAUUCCUCACUGCUAACCAUCUGCCAUCCUCGAAAUUCGAGUUGGCUCAAUUUCAUGCUCACUGGGGAUGCAACUCGAAGGAAGGAUCCGAGCACCUUUUGGACGGAAAGAAGUUGAGCGGAGAGGUUCAUUUUGUGUUCUGGAACACCACUUAUGCGUCAUUCAAUGAGGCUAUUGAGAAGCCGGAUGGAUUAGCUGUAGUUGGAGUUUUCUUGAAGGAAGGAAAGUACAACGACAACUACCACGGACUCAUUGACAGUGUCCGCAAAGCCACUGGAAACGUCACCCCAAUUGCCAUGCCAAAAGACUUCCAUCUUGAACACCUUCUCCCAACUCCAGACAAGAGAGAAUUCGUCACAUACCUCGGUUCUCUGACUACCCCACCAUUCAACGAGUGCGUCAUCUGGACACUCUUCACAGAGCCAGUUGAAGUAUCCUAUGGACAGCUCAAUGUACUCCGUAACAUCAUCCCUGCCAAUCAUCGUGAAUGCCAAGACAGAUGUGGACGUGAAAUCCGAUCGUCUUACAAUCUUUAA